AUGCUGACGUGUCAUCUCUCUCCAUUACACCUCGCUUCCCGUCUUCGUCUUCAUCCUCACCUCAUCACUAACCAACAACAACAUUAUUGUCUCAUGUCGGAAGAUCAUCACCGUUGGAUGGAUCAGGUCGCUUCAUGGGACUAUUUCUCUUUAAACAUCAACAACGAUCAGCAUCAUGGUCACUACUACGCAAGUCAUAGCGAAGAAGAGAUUAAAAAUUACAAUCGCAGCAAGAAAGAGGCAACGGACUGUGGAAGCUGUGGACACUCGUCAAAAGCUUCAGUGUCGAGAGGACAUUGGAGACCAGCUGAAGAUGCUAAACUCAAAGAACUAGUCGCUGUAUAUGGUCCACAAAACUGGAACCUCAUAGCUGAAAAGCUCCAAGGAAGAUCCGGUAAAAGCUGUAGGCUUCGAUGGUUUAACCAACUAGACCCGAGGAUAAACAGGAGAGCCUUCACGGAGGAAGAAGAAGAGAGAUUGAUACAAGCUCAUAGGCUUUAUGGUAACAAAUGGGCGAUGAUAGCGAGGCUUUUCCCAGGGAGGACUGAUAAUUCUGUGAAGAACCAUUGGCAUGUCAUAAUGGCUCGCAAGUUUAGAGAACAAUCUUCUGUUUACCGCAGGAGGAAGACGAUGAUUCCUCUUAAGCCACUUCUUAACCCUAAUCCUCACUCUUUCAUCGAUUUUGACCCUACUAGGUUAGCUUUGACCCACCUUGUUCGUCAUGAUCAGAACCAGCCCAUGUUGCCAAUUCCUUGCUUCGCAGGUUAUGAUCAUGGAAAUGAGAGUCCGUUGAUGGUGGAUGGUAUGUUCGUAAACCAACUGAUGGACAUUGGCGAUUACAUUGCAAGGACACAAGAAGCGACUACCUUCGAUUUUUCAAAUCAAACCGGGAAGUGUGAGAUGCUUGAGAGCAUGAAUGAGGAGAAGAAGCCACCCUUUUUCGAUUUUCUUGGGUUGGGAACGGCGUGA